AAAAUGUAGAUACAUUAUGUUAGUGAUUGAUUAUAACCAUAUAUAUAAUGAAUUCAAUUAAUUUGGGAACAGAGUACACAGUCUUGCCCAAAUCCUCAUUUGCAAAUACUUUCUCUUGACACUCGCUCUUCAUUUCCAUCCAUGCACCUUUAUAAAUUUCCAAAUGAACUAAUGGCAGAUAAAAAAAAUCUCUGGAGAUUCCAAAGACAUCAUGAUCAUUGUGAUUAAAUCAAGCCACUUAAAGAAAUAUUUACUUCCACUCAAAAAUGUCAACUCUUCUGUCUCAGGAGAAAACAUAUUUAUUCACUCCUUGUUUAUUGUGCAAAUGAGUAUAACGUUAAUAAAGUUGAGAUACACCACUGAAGAUGAACUCAAAUUUCUUUUGGAUCCGAACUGUGGUACAAAUGUGAACGAAAAUGAUACCAGCAUUUUCAUAUUUCUCCAUCUACAUCAGUUUUUGUCUUUUCUUUACUUCACAUGGAUUUCUCUUCAAAGGAUCCGUUUUUCGUCGUCUGUCCAAAGCAGACGACAAGUUGCCGCGCAGUCGACCGCUGGCGGAAUAUACCGACAUCUCUCCAAGGCGAUGUGGUUUGAAAUGUUUCAAUCACCAUCUCUGUUCUUCCUUCUUCAUCAACAAAGAAAAGAAAGUCUGUAAACUGGCUAAAGAGGUUGAUAUGAACAAAAUGAUUCACUCUCCUGGUUAUCUUUAUUACGUUUCUGAAGACUGUAUACGGUCGAAAUUGGGCUGGGAAUACCGAGGGCCACGUGACAGGACGGUUUCGGGGAUUCCCUGCCAGCGCUGGGACCAGCAGUACCCACGCACUCACACCUACCAGUCCCUGUCUGGGGAACAAAACUUCUGCCGGAACCCCGCCAGGGCGUACGCUAAAGAACCUUGGUGCUACACCACGGCGGGAAAUAAGGCGUGGGACUACUGCUCUGUCCCGAUGUGCGUAACUCCAGCUCGUGAGUGCCAGGAAACAGAGAGAGGUGAGGACUACUUUGGUACCAUAAACUGGACCAUCAGUGGCAGGCAGUGCAUGAUGUGGGAGGGCCGUUCCCCCCGCAACCAGAGCUAUGCCAUCGAGGGAAACUACUGCAGAAACCCGUUUUCCGAGAAAUCGGCUCCUUGGUGUUACAUUAAAAAAUACAAUAACGAGUUUGAGAUCUGUGACAUUCCAAAAUGUUGAAUACACAUGGUCCAUGUAUAAUAAUACUACUACGACCUUCAAAUUGAGCUGCUGCAGUGAUGAACAGAUAACAUGUUAACCAUUUGUAAACCAAAAUAAAGUUAUGUGAUGUUUUCAA